UUAGGAGUAUAGUAGUAAAUAAAAAUCAUCAAAUAACAAUAAAAUAUCCAAAUUCGAAUAAACUAUUAAUCUGUUUCGUUUUAAUCGUUACGCAGAGUGAAACACAGCUCCAACUACCUCAUUCUGUUACCGGCAUGCAUAACCACCGUAACCGUCGCCGUAGUCUCUUCUGAACUAAAUUAACAUGGCUUUAACUUUAACUUCAACUUCGACGCACCUUCGUUUUCAACCUUUACUCUCGCGCACCAACUACGUCAUCUUCUCCGACCUUACCGAAUUCCGUUCUCUUGAAACACGGAGUCAUGAUUCUCUCACUCUUCUUCGCCGGAGAAAGAUCUCUGUUACGUCACCGUCGGCUCUGAAGCCGGUGAAAUGCAGUAGAUCCACGGAGGAGAAGCAGUGGAGCGAGGCGGAAUCCGUCGCAUCUGACGCCGAUGAAGAUUUGGAUGAUUCGAAUGCUCCGGCUCUGAGGCAAACUCCUUCUAUUGAGCCUCAGAGGAUUGCAACUACCUCUUCCGGCGAUUCUCCUUCUCUCGGAAUUCGAGAACCUGUUUAUGAAGUUGUAGAAGUGAAAUCAGACGGGGCAGUAUCGACUAGAAAAAUCAACAGGAGACAAUUAUUGAAGUCGAGUGGCCUUCGUCCCCGGGAUGUCAGAAGUGUGGAUCCAUCACUGUUUUUGACAAAUUCAAUGCCUUCUUUGCUGGUCCGUGAGUAUGCUAUACUUCUAAACCUGGGUUCGCUACGAGCAAUAGCAAUGCAAGAUUGUGUGCUUAUAUUUGACUAUAAUCGUAAAGGUGGGCAAGCUUUUCUAGACACAUUGCUGCCUAGGUUGAACCCCAAGAACAACAAUGGAGGGCCAUCAAUGCCAUUUGAAAUUGAGGUUGUCGAAGCAGCAUUGCUUUCAAGAAUACAACGUUUGGAGCGGAGACUGAUGGACUUAGAACCUCGUGUUCAAGCUCUUCUUGAGGCGUUGCCAAAUCGGAUAACUGGAGACAUAUUGGAGCAACUUCGUAUUAGCAAACAAACUUUGGUUGAGUUAGGCUCGAGGGCAGGAGCUCUCCGACAGAUGCUUCUUGACCUUCUGGAGGACCCAAAUGAAAUACGACGGAUGUGUAUUAUGGGAAGAAACUGUACACUUAAUAAAGGAAACAAUAAUGUGGAAUGCUCAGUGCCCUUAGAAAAGCAGGUUGCUGAUGAGGAGGAGGAGGAAAUUGAAAUGCUUCUGGAAAACUAUCUCCAAAGAUGUGAAUCUUGUCAUGGUCAAUCUGAAAGGCUUCUUGAUUCUGCAAGGGAAAUGGAGGAUUCUAUAGGUGUCAGUUUGAGCUCACGAAGACUUGAAGUUAGUAGAGUGGAACUGCUUCUCCAGGUUGGAACAUUCUGUGUGGCAGUUGGCGCCCUUGUGGCAGGUAUAUUUGGCAUGAACCUGAAGUCCUAUCUUGAGGAACGUGUGUUUGCAUUUUGGCUAACUACAUCUGGGAUCAUUGUUGGUGGCAUUAUUGUUUUCUUUCUUAUGUAUAAUUACCUCAGAGCAAGAAAAAUAUUUUGAUCGAGUGAAACUUCAAAUAUAGGUUUUAUUUUAAAAUGCAAAGGAAAGUAAGCACGCAUAAAUGCAGGGAUUGUGCAUGAAGAUCAUCAAUCAUCCGAAAUGGAUUUGGAAGUAUGCAUGAUAUUACUCACAUUAUUGAUGCUGUAGCAUGCAUUAGUUUUUAUUCCUAUUCCAGAGGGGGAUAUACAUACAAAUUUUCACUGCUUCACAAGUUCACAAUAAGCUAUGUGAGCCAUCAAAAGACUCUUCACUGCUGUUGUUUGGGUGUUGUGUGCAAGUGCAUUAAAACAUUAGUCAUAUGUCACACUAUCUUCAGAGACAGACAUGUAAUUACAUAAUUGUCAAAUCUAUUAUAUAUAUUAAACAGACUCCCAAUAUAUUCAUAUAA